GGCUGAUUAGUGGGUGUGAUUAGAGUCGAGCAGAAGGCUCCAUCCCCCGACGAGACAUGACGUUCUUCCAGGCGCUCGAAAAACCGUCCGCCGUAGAGCUGUACACCUACCUUAUGCUGCUGCUGGUCAGCGUGUUGCUGUACGUGCUGUCGGAUUACUUCAAGAAGUGUAUCCUUGCGUUCCGGCUGCCCGGUCCGAAGGCCUACCCCGUGAUCGGUAACUGUUUGGAGAUCACGAGGAACGACCUGAUCUCGCGGGAAAUGGCACAAGCCUACAAGAACUAUGGUCCCAUCGCGCGAGUCUGGAUCGCCGUGUUCCCGAUGUUUGUGGUGUUCGACCCGAACGACCUGAAGAUUAUUCUGUCGUCGAAGAAGCACACCAACAAGUCGCUGUUCUACAAACUGCUCCACAACUUCCUCGGCCGGGGUCUGAUCACCAGCAGCGGACACAAAUGGAGCACCCACCGGAAGCUCAUCCAGCCAACGUUCAACAUACAGAUACUGGAGAAGUUCAUCGAAACGUUCGCGGACAGUGCCGGCUCGCUGAUCGAGAAGCUGCCCAAAGAGGAAACCGUCCUGAACGUGACGGAGUACGUCAACAACUGCGUGCUCGACAUCCUGAACGAGGCCGUUCUGGGAGUGCCGGUGAAGGCGACCGAUAAAAGCGAAAUGGAGAAAUCACCCUUCAGACAGGGCAAAGUGGUGGCUCAGUACCGCAUCACGCACCCCUGGCUACUUUUUAACUCGAUCUACAAGCUAACCGAUGCCGCGUCGGCCGAGCUGAACCAGAAAAAGCAGCUGGAUGAGUUUUCGCGCAAGAUGAUCCAGCGCCGCCGGGAGGCACAAAAAACGCUGACGGCGACCGACCGGCGCUGCCUGUUGGACUUUAUGAUCGAAAUCUCGAACGAGAAUCCGGACUUUACCGACGAGGACAUUAUCGACGAGGCGUGCACCUUUAUGCUGGCGGGCCAGGAUUCGGUCGGUGCCGCCAUUGCGUUCACGCUGUUUCUGUUGGCCCGCCACCAGGAGCACCAGGCGCGGUGCUACGAGGAGAUCCGGCAGCAGCUCGAGGGGCCCAAGAUGCCGACCGCGCUGAACAUCCGCAACCUGCGCUACCUGGAGGCGUGCAUCAAGGAGAGCCUGCGGCUGUACCCGAGCGUCCCGAUGAUGGCGCGCAAGAUUGGCGAGGAUGUGCGCGUGGACAAGUACAAUCUGCCGGCCGGGACCGAAGUUCUGAUCCUGCCGUACGCAACGCACCGCAUCGAGCAUGUGUACCCGGACCCGGAGCGCUUCGAUCCGGACCGAUUCGCGGACACGGCCCCGCACCAGAACCCGUACGCGUUCCUGCCGUUCAGUGCCGGGCCGCGGAACUGCAUCGGCUACAAGUUUGCGUACAUCGAGAUGAAAACGGUGGUCGGGCGAAUCCUGCAGCACUACCACCUGCAGCCGGCCCCCGGCAAAGAGGAGGUCGAGCCGAUCUUCCGCAUGACGCUGCGGGCGCGAGGGGGCCUCUGGGUGAAGCUGACACCGCGGCAACAAUGAUCACGCAGCACGCCAA